AUGCAAGGAAAGUCUGACGCCUGCCUAUAUUCAAGGUUCAAGAAUAAUAGAUGGACAUUCAUCUUGACCCAUGUGCAGGAUUUGGUCUUAUGUCACCAAGACAAGGAAGAUAGUGAUGAAAUUGUGAGAAAUCUUAACAAGAAAAUAGAAAUGAAAGACCUGGGAGACAUCUGUUACUAUCUUGGAAUCCAGAUGGAAUGGGGGGGAAAUGGAAGCUUCUUCAUUAACCAGAAACAGAAGAUAAUGGACCUGAUAGAGCACCUUGGGCUGACAGAAGCCAAUGUAGCAGAAAUACCAAUGGAAGUAGGCUUCUUUAAAGACAAUGAAACCAAGGAACCACUGCAAGACAACAGUCAGUACAGGACAGCAACUGGAAAGCUCCUGUACACAUCAACUGUAACAAGACUGGGCAUUGCAGCAGUAGUUGGGAAACUGUGCAGAAAAGUUAAUGCACAAACAAAGAAAGAUUGGACUGCAGUCAAGAGGAUAGGAAGAUAUCUAAAAGGAACUGCAGAUCUGAAAUUGAUGCUACCUGCAAACAGCAAUUCCAGACUGGUGGACUAUAUGGAUGCAAACUGGUCUGAAUGCAGAGAGGACCGAAAGUCCACUAGUGGAAAUCUGUUCUAUUAUGGAGGUGGAGUCAUCAGUUGGACUAGUAAGAAACAGUCAGUUGUAGCUCUCUCCUCUAUAGAAGCAAAAUACAUAUCUGCAGCACAAGCAUGUCAAGAAGCAACCUGGUUAUACAGACUACUCUUAGACUUUGGAAUCAAUGAACCAAAGCCAACUAGAAUGCAUGAAGACAACAAGAGCUGUAUUUUGCUCUCCCAACCAGAAAGGGUGACACCACAAACAAUGCAAAUUGAUACCAAGUACCACUGUGUGAGAGAUGCGCAACAGCAAGGCUCAUUGGGCUGA